AUGAAGCCCAAUAUAUCGACAAUUUCUAUCAAUAAACGAGCUGAACACACAGUUCCGGCGCACACUUCCGUCGAAAAAUCACUCGCAACCAGCUCCGUCCAACCUGGAACAAAUGUUAAUGCUUCCGGCCAUCCAGAUCAGCUCAAGAGACAGUAUCGCACGUGGGAAGUGUGUGGUCUAGCGUUGACCAUUAACAACGCUUGGAUUGCGUUCGCUGGUUCGCUGCAGAUUUCGCUGCUCAAUGGAGGUCCGCCAGGUAUAUUGUACGAAUAUAUCGUUGCUUGUGUAUACUACACCUUCAUUGGACUCUCUAUUUCGGAGUUGGCGUCUUCGAUUCCGUCCUCAGGAGGUGUUUAUCACUGGGCUUCGGUCACUGCAGGCCCUCGGUAUGGACGAGUGCUGGGCUUCUUUACUGGGAGUCUAAACUUCUUCGGCUGGAUCUUCGCAUUGGUAUCCAUCGCUACGAUUCCGGCCAAUGUCAUUGUGCAGAUGUACGCAUUGUUCCACACAGAUCUGGUAAUCGAGGCAUGGCACUCAUAUGUGGCUUUCGUCUGCAUUAUAUGGCUCGUGACCGCAUUUGUGAUCUUUUGCAACAAGACGAUUCCAUAUCUCCAACACGUGGGGCUCUUCCUGAUCGUUGUCGGAGGCCUAGUCACUGUCAUAGUCGUUACAACCAUGCCAAGAGAGUACGCAACCAACUCGUUCGUCUGGGCCGAUUUCAACAAUCUCACUGGCUGGAGCAACGGCGUGGCAUUUCUCACCGGUGUUCUCAAUGGCGCCUUCGCCAUAGGGACGCCGGAUAGCGUUACGCAUAUGGCCGAGGAGUUGCCAAAUCCGAGAGUCGACCUACCAAAGGCCAUAAUGAUUCAAGUCGGGUUAGGGUUCGUCACAGCCUUUGUCUUUGGAGUUGCUGUGUUUUACGGGGUAUACGAUUUGGAUGCCAUUAUCACUAGCAGUGGAUCGUUUCCACUAAGUGAGAUAUAUGCACAAGCGACUGGUAGCAGGGCAGCGACCUUUGGGCUGCUCCUGAUCGUUCUGCUAUCCAUCAUGAUCUGCAUCAUCGGCACAGUCACCAUGGUCGGCCGUCUCUGGUGGACUUUGGCACGAGACAACGCUACCCCCUGCGCCCAGUUCUUCGCCAAGGUCGACGAAUCUCUGUCGUGUCCAGUGCCUGCCACGGUAUUCUGUGCUCUCUUGACGACAGGUCUGGGCGCCAUUCAACUCGGAAGCAAGGUGGCGUUCACGGUACUGGUCUCCUCGUUCAUCACUCUAACCACGGCAAGCUACCUCCUCGCCAUCCUACCAAACGUGUUGACCAGACGAUCGAAUAUCCCCAAAGGGCCUUUCUGGAUGCCUGGAGCUCUCGGAUACAUCGUCAAUAUCAUUGCGUGUAUAUUGAUCGUGUUCUUCAAUGUUUGGUUCUGCUUUCCGUUUGCGUACCCGGUCACAGUUUCGCUCAUGAAUUAUAACUCGGUCAUUCUCGUCGGUAUAAUCACACUGACGGCUUUCUGGUGGUUCGUGCAUGGAGUUCGCGACUAUCCAGGCCCAAAAGUGUCGAAGAUGUAUCUAGAGACGUGA